ACUGUGUGUUAUUGUGCUCUACGCGGUGUGUGCGAGUGUGCGUGUGCGUGCGUCUCCAACACAGUAGUGUGUCUGUGCGUGUGCUUUUCUUUAUAUAUUUUUUAAUAAUAAUUCUUCUGAACUUGCCUCUUCUUCGGAAGUAGCCCUUAAAAAGAAGCCAUAGAAAUUAAAAGCAGUUGCAUUGAGAUUCGUCGCAGAAUUGGGCAUGAAAAAAUAAGCUUAAUAAUUCCAAAAUCAAAAAAAGUGACUGCAGCAGCAACCAAAACGCAGCAGCAGCGACGUCGGCAGUGUAACAACAACAAUCUAGGUGGUGAAGAGAGAAAGAGAGAGAGAGCAAUAUUCGACAGCAUGUGAGCUAAUCAGCAAAGCAGCGAUUUCUACAAACAUUUUCUGCUUCUUAAGGCCACCAAAAAAAAAGAAGUGCUAGUAAUUAUUAAUAAUUUAGUUUAUGAUUUAUUUAAGUGACGUCGCGUGUUUUUGCCUGCACAAAAAUAAAAAAAAAUAAAAAAUAAAGGGAGAGAAGAAAAAACAGUUAACUGUGGCCACCAAAAAGCGCAGUCGACGUCGCUGCCGGCAGAGGCGGAGAGAAGAAGAAACAGAAUAGGAAGAAGAAGAAAAGAUUGAGAAGCUCCAAAUUUUAUAUUAAAUCAUUCGUUAUUAUAUUUUGUUUGUUUUGCUAAACCAUAAAAUCUGUGUAAAAUAAUUAAAAGUUCAAGAGAACAAAAAAGCAAAACGCUGCUGCUGCGCUGCCACUGCGACAGCAAUCUUAUCGCCAACAAAAAUUAUAUUCCAGAGCCCCCAAAUUGAUGAGGGUUUCUUUUUUGGUCUAACCAUGGAAUAUUGAUUCUUAUUCUGAAAAACAAGAAAUAUUAAGAGCGAAUUGAAACGAAGUGAAAACUUCAGUGGAAAACAGGAAAAAUGACCGACUUUGUGGAAUUGAUGAACAGUAUGUCCAGUACCUUCAAUAGCGACUGUGCCACUUCGACGGCGGAGGGCGGUACGCUGUUGAAUAUGGACUUGGCGGAGGACAAAACCCUCAAAUGGCGCAAUUUGGCCAAUAACCAGUUUGCCUGCAAGGACAAGAAGCACAAAGACAAGGAGGAUGAGCGCAAGGAGGCCAGGAAUCUGGAGGAAAUUGAGGAUAUUAAAGGAUAUUUGGCGGAUGUUGUGGAUGCCGCUGCUGUGAAGUUGGAAGAGGAAGCAGCAGCAGAAGCAGCUACGCAGGCAGCGCAGAGUGCUGAAAAAGCUGAAGAAAACGCAGAAAAACAAAAAGAAGAAGAAGAAGUAGCUAAAGAGGAAGUGGCACAAGAGAAGGAAGAAGAGGAAAAAGCCUUGGAAAAGGAAGCAAAGGAGAAGGAAAAUGUGGAAGAGGCACCAGCAGCAGUAGCCAUAACGGUAAAAGUGGAAAGCAGCGAGCAGGCAGAAAAAAGUGCAACAGAAGUCGCGGCAGCGGCAGUGACGUCUGAAGAGGGCGGCCAGAGUGAACGCAUCAAGACUGAGCAGCGUAAAAAAGAGGCGGCAGCGCAGCAAGAAGAAGUAGCACCGGAGACAGCAGCAGCAGAAAAACAGGAAGCAAGUGCAGAAUUAGCAACAACCACAAUAACAAAAACAUUACUAGCAACAACAAUAACUGAAGCAGCAGCAUCUCCACUUGUUGUCAAUUCUGCCAGCGUCGACGUCGCUGCUGACGCAACAGACUCAAAUUCGUGUGUGAACAGCGAGCAGCGGGCAGUGACGCCGUCAGAGGCAGCAGCUGAUAAAAAUGAACAAGUUUCACCAGGCGGAACGCGUCGUACUCGAAGAACACCGCGUCCCACAGAUACGCCCACACUCAGUGGCACGCCCACUCCAACCACCGAUGAACGUGUUCAGGUGGAAAAUGCAGAAGCCGAGGCAUCGGAGCUGCAAGUGGAGGUGAACCGUCAACAGGAGGAGCAAACGCUGGAUGAGAUUAUAGCACCCGUUGGUCUGGAGGUGAAGAAGGAGCCGGAGAAAUCGUCACGAAUGACUACUUCAUCCCCCGAGGAAAUCACACAACCUGCUCCCAAACGUGGAAGGGGGCGAGCCAAGAAAAUAAGGCCGGAUGCCGAGGUAGACUCCAGUGAUGUUCUGCCCCUGGUGGAGGAUUCGGUGGUCGAGAAAAAGCCGGGACGUAAAAGGAAGCUGCCCGAUGAGCAGUUGGAUCAUCAGCAAUUAGGAGAUUUUGUUGUGGUGAAAACCGAGAAUGAAGAAUUGGGAGAAGCUCCCUUGGGCGAUGGCAAGAGGAUGCGUCGCAGUGUCCGGUUAGGCAAUCGCUUACCCGUCGAUGGAAGCACCUGGGAGGAGGUUAAGGCAGAGCCACUUACACACCAGUCGUCUGGAGGGCUCUCGAUGAUGGAAGUUACUCCUGUACCCUUGCCACCAGCCAUCCUGGAUGAAAAGACUCCACCAAAAAAGCGAGGUCGCAAAGCAAAGAUUCAGCCUGGUUUCAAAUUAGAAACGGGACCCUCAACCUCGCAUCCCUUAACCAAUGGUAAUAAGAAAUCCAUUCCCACUGGAGGAUCCGAAAUGCAACUGCCCAAGCGUUCGAAAAGGAGAAUUAAACCCACGACAAAGAUAUUGGAAAACGAUGAGCUGCGUUGUGAGUUCGAAACGAAGCACAUUGAGAGGAUGACCCACUGGGAAAGUGCAGCAGCUGCAGCAGCAGCAGCAGGACAAGCAGAUGGGGAAUUCGAGACACCACCAACAGGCGCCGGUGGCUCCAAUUCGUCCACCUCGAGGCAAAAGAGCGACAAGUCCGAUGGCAGCAACUUCGAAGGAAUACCGGGACAUCCAGCUGGCACAAGUGCCAUAAAGAAGCGACUGUUUUCCAAGUCCCAACGUGACAUUGAGAACAGUGGAGCAGCUAUUCUGGCCAAAAGCAAGGUGCGCCCGUGUCCGGAUGUUGAGCAGUUCCUCAACGACAUCAAGGCAUCCCGAAUUAAUGCGAAUCGAUCGCCGGAGGAGAGAAAGUUAAACAAGAAACAGCAACGGAAACUGGCCAAGCAGAAGGAAAAACAUCUGAAGCAUCUUGGUCUGCAGAGGAAUCACAGCGAGGAGGCCUCAGAUAACGAUAGCUCCAAUACCGACAAUGAAUUUGUGCCUACGACAAGAGUGCAAGUAGGGAAACCGAGUGUUACUUUGAGAUUGAGAAACACGGUUACCAAAGAACUGCCUUCAACGUCUGCAGCAGCCCAAAAAUCGUCUCGGAAUCCAAUUGUACAGCCAGCUAAACUUACGAGAAGAGUAGGAGUAAGAGGAUCCGCAGGAGGAACUGUGGCACCCGUAGCAGGUGUGGCCGUUUCCACUCUCGAUGCGGAACAGCUUCACUCGCUCAACAAUUCGAUUCUAGCCGAUGUUACGCCUAUCCGAGACUUGGAUUCUAGGCCCAGCACAUCAAAAAUGGCCAAGUUUAUUUGUCUGUGCCAGAAGAGUUCCCAGUACUAUGCCAGGAAUGCCCCGGAUUCCUCCUACUGCUGUGCCAUCGAUCACAUUGACGAGCAGAAAAUUGGCUGCUGCAACGAGCUCUCUUCAGAGGUUCACAAUCUUCUGAGACCCAGCCAAAGGGUUUGCUAUAUGAUCCUCUGUGACGAGCACAAGAAGCGCUUGCACUCCCACAACUGCUGUGCAGGAUGUGGUAUCUUUUGUACACAGGGCAAAUUCGUGCUGUGCAAACAGCAGCACUUCUUUCAUCCGGACUGUGCCCAGCGUUUCAUCCUGAACACGCCCUACGAGGAGGGACGUAGUGAUCAGAACGAUCAUGGAGCCAAGGUCAGCAGUCCUAUGUUGGUGCUUAAGUGCCCGCACUGCGGAUUGGACACACCAGAGCGCACAUCUACGGUGACUAUGAAGUGCCAGUCACUGCCAGUCUUUCUGCCCACCCAGAAGUACAAAAUAAAACCCGCCAAGUUGACGACAUCCUCGCAUUUAGCCCAAUUUGGAGCCGUUGGGAAAUCCAGUAAUCAAGGAGCCAAAGUUAAAAGCAAGGGUGGAUCUUCUUCCGCCGUCACUUCGGUCGCAGCAUCCUCCACGUUGAAGGCGAAUGGAACGCAAAGGGGGAAGGUGGGAGGCUCCAAAUUGAACUCCGGCCAGGCUCUUAACACGAUCAACUUUGCACAGUUGAUACCCGACUCCGUGAUGAAUGUAGUGCUGCGUGGACAUGUUGUUUCAGCCAGUGGACGCGUGACCACAGAGUUUACCUCGCGGGAUAUGUUUUAUGCGGUGCAAAACGAUGACCUAGAGCGUGUGGCGGAGAUUCUGGCUGCCGACUUUAAUGUGCUUACCCCAAUUCGUGAGUACUUGAAUGGCACCUGUCUACAUUUGGUGGCCCACUCGGGUACUCUCCAGAUGGCCUACCUGCUGCUUUGCAAGGGAGCCAGUUCACAGGAUUUCGUGAACAUUGUAGACAGCGAACUGCGGACGGCAUUGAUGUGUGCGGUAAUGAACGAGAAGUGCGACAUGCUCAAUCUCUUUCUACAAUGUGGAGCCGAUGUUGCCAUCAAGGGUCCCGAUGGCAAGACGUGUCUGCAUAUCGCUGCCAAGUCGGGUAACGUGGAGGCCACUCAGUUGAUUGUGGAAAGCUAUCGGGCUUCGCGAAAUAUCACCAGCUUCCUGAGUUUUAUUGAUGCCCAGGAUGAAGGCGGUUGGACGGCCAUGGUCUGGGCAGCAGAGCUCGGGCAUACGGACAUCGUUAGCUUUCUGCUAAACCAAGAGGCCGAUCCGAACAUCUGUGACAAUGACAACAAUACAGUGCUUCAUUGGUCGACACUGCACAACGAUGGUCUGGACACGAUUACUGUGCUGCUCCAGGCAGGGGCAGACUGCAAUGUGCAGAAUGUGGAAGGCGACACUCCUCUUCACAUUGCUUGCCGACACUCUGUCACCCGUAUGUGCAUUGCGUUGAUAGCAAAUGGAGCUGAUCUAAUGAUCAAGAACAAAGCGGAGCAGCUGCCCUUUGAUUGCAUCCCAAACGAGGAGUCCGAAUGCGGUCGCACCGUUGGGUUUAACAUGCAGAUGCGUUGUUUUCGGCCACUGGGCCUUAGAACCUUUGUGGUUUGUGCAGAUGCCUCAAAUGGCCGAGAAGCACGACCCAUCCAGGCAGUGCGUAACGAACUGGCAAUGUCCGAGAACGAGGAUGAGGCCGAUUCCCUCAUGUGGCCCGACUUUCGCUACGUAACGCAAUGCAUUAUUCAGCAAAAUUCAGUGCAGAUCGACCGGCGAGUCUCUCAGAUGCGCAUCUGUUCAUGUCCAGAUAGCUGCAGUAGCGAUCGGUGUCAAUGCAAUGGAGCCUCUUCGCAGAACUGGUACACCGCCGAAAGCCGCCUAACCGCCGACUUUAACUACGAGGAUCCGGCGGUUAUCUUCGAAUGCAAUGAUGUUUGCGGCUGCAAUCAGCUCUCUUGCAAGAACCGCGUAGUACAAAAUGGCACAAGGACACCUCUGCAAAUUAUCGAGUGCGAGGAGCAGGCGAAGGGCUGGGGAGUUCGGGCCUUGGCCAACGUGCCGAAAGGUACGUUUGUGGCCAGCUACACUGGUGAGAUUCUGACCGCUAUGGAGGCUGAUCGUCGCACUGAUGACAGCUAUUACUACGACCUGGACAACGGGCACUGCAUAGAUGCCAAUUAUUAUGGCAAUGUGACCCGGUUCUUUAACCACUCGUGUGAGCCAAAUGUUUUGCCCGUUCGCGUCUUCUACGAGCACCAGGACUACAGAUUCCCCAAGAUAGCAUUCUUCGCCUGCCGCGAUAUCGAUGCCGGCGAGGAGAUAUGUUACGACUACGGGGAGAAGUUUUGGCGCGUAGAACACCGGUCCAGUGUGGGCUGUCGCUGUCUGACGGCCUCCUGCAAGUACGCCUCCCAAUCCUCAAGCACAAAUGCCUCGCCUACGGAUACAGCGGAACCGGAAACGGAAACGCAGCCAUCCACAAUUGCCUCCGAGGAGAUGGAGCAGGCGUAGGCCUCCAAGACCUCAACUCGAAAUGAUUCCAGACUAUUCAGUCUCAGACGACAAAACAGAAUCCCCCACCAAGCCACCACUAACCAGAUACAUCAGACAUCUGACAUCACAUCACCAGCAGGAACGAUCGCCAUAUAUUUAGUAUAUAUACGAUUAUAUCGUAUGCAUGAUAAAUCGAAAUUGACGCCCAACGAGGGGUUUCCUUUUCGACUGCCAAAUGUUUCAUGGUUUACAAAUUUUUGUCUAAUUUUAAUGUUUGAUUAAUAUUAAUUUUGUUUGAUUUUUUAUUCAUUUGUUUACCCUAUUAUUAAUAUUUUUAUUACCGCUACCUGUAAUCAGCUAAUAUUUUUUUUUGUUUUUUUAUGAGAAACUAAAUGCCAUGUGCAAAUCCCAAUCCCCUCCCGGAGUUUUGGGCGUGUGUGUGCGUGCGAAAUGUAAAUGUUUAACACUUAAAAUUAGAUUAAGGGAAACUGGGAAAAUGGACAAAUAUAAUCGCGGAAAAGUGCAUCUAGUCAUAAGAAUGAGGGAGACAGAGGUUUAAAUGAAAGAGAGAGAACAGUCUCUAGAAUCAGAAUCAGCGCGUUUAUAGUUUUUUGUUUUGGCAUGUUUAGAAAAUCAAUGAAAAGGCUUUUAAUGUUUGCUUUUAAGUACUUUUAACACAAGAACAUCUUUAUUUCGAACACAAAAUAUAAUUAUUAUUAAAAUGCACUGUUCCGAGCAAGUGAAUGUAACAAUAAACCAAAAGUAAACGAGGAAUUUGUAAGCGAACGAAUGUUUUUGAUAUCAAGCAUUGAUUUAGAUUAGUAUAUAUGUAUCUGAUAAGCUAAAGAAACAGUGUCUAUACAACCAUUUAAUAUAUAUUAAACAUGCAUAUAAGUAUGUAUGUGUUUGUGCAGGGUAAAGUACUGAUAGUAGUUAACAGAAAAUAAGUUGAAGUUGUUUUGUAUUUAGUCACACCCCCGCGCACACACCCCAACUGGAUAUCACCUCCUCUUUCCAAUCCAUUAUCGGAAGCAUUAUAAUGCACAAUUCGUAUUAGAGUUUUUCAGUUUGCCAAGCAACGUUAGCCAAGCCACAAGUGCCUCGAAGAGAAUAACACCCUAGACCUCACUCCUUACUCCUCGCUCCCUAUAGAAAACCACCCGAUAUGGCUUCAGACCAAAAAGGUUACAUACAGGAAUUAUCUAUCCAGCUAUCACUCGACCAAGAUCACAAACUGCUAUGCAUUUUGAGACAUGAACCCUCGAUAGUCGACAGAGAAUUGAAACGACGGACUGCGGUUUACUUAAUGAGGGAGUUAUCCGAUUCCAGCCGAUCAUUAGAUGUAUGUAUUAGAGAUCCAACCCUGAUAUCAUAUCCCCGCGUCCAACGAUCCCCCGAGUGCUAUAUGAACUUGGAUAUCGGGCUAUAAAACUUUGAAGUGUGUUUUACGUCUAUAGGUGUAAGCUGUAAAUGUUUGUAACGACAAUAUAGGAGCAUGUAGCUUAAGAUGUAGGUUAUCCCCCAUCCUUCUCACCCAUUCCCCUUUCCCCACUCCCUUUCGCCACAAGGUAUCAGGGGUCAAAGGACAUAAGACGUCCCCCUGAGACUUAUCAACUGGCAUUUCUAUAAAUACGUAUUUGUGUACCUACGAUAAGCAACAAGAUUUUUAUUGAAUAUGUACGGUUUCGAUGUCCCCGGAGCUAUAACAUCCGGAUCACACUUAGAAAUUAUAGCAUAACUCACAAAACACGUAUGUUUUUAAUUAUCUUAAUUGUUAUUGCGGACAGCAAAAGAAUUGUCAUUUAAUUUGUUUUGUUUGCUUUUUGUAUUUUUUAUUUGCAAAGAUAUUCUUUGAGUUAUUUAGCACAAAAUUGCUUAUUAGUUGGAAUAUCGAAAGUAUACCUCCAUGGGAGAGGCACAUUUCAUUUCGUUUAGUAUUAAGAUAAUAAUUAAAUCAAAUAAACAAUAAAUACAAACAGCA